AUGGAUGCACUUGUGUACGGGUGGUUGAACUCUACUCUUCCCCCCCCCUCCCUCCAGCCCCCUUCAUCCCGUCUCGACGGAUGGAACACAAAGGAAGUCUAUCCAGCGUCGGAAGGACGAAAUAAAAGCAAGACUGCGGUCGGCGGCGGACUUCAUCCGUCAGGCGGCGAGCGUCCUGACGCAGCGGAUGACGAGCAGUCCGGAGUGGCCGAUGAUAUUGUAUACAAAUACGAAGUAGCUAAAUUGCCAGUAAUGGACUCGGAACAGCCUUUUGUCUCAUCGAGGGUCGGAGCAGACUGGUUGGGUGCGGUGAGAACUCGGCGGCGAGACGAGGCGUCGCCCGGCGCAGACAACAAAGGAACUCAACAAGUGCUGCCGGCUCGUGUUCGGGGCUUAGGGCGCGUCCACACUUGUUUC